GGAAUGCCUUUCACAGUGAGAAGAUCUUUAUCCUCGGCUUAAUGGAGGUGGCUCGGGCUAUAAGGAGGAAAUUAACCUAGGUCAAUGGUAUGCCAUGCUGCCAAGUAAUUUAGACGCGUUUUGACUUGUUAUUUCUGUUGCAAUUUGCCUGUUUUUAUUUGCGGUCAAAAUGAAUCGUACUAUGGGCACUGUCUUUACUCUUGUCUUGGCACUACUCGCCGCCAUAGUACAUGCUUCCCCAGCGUCCUACUGCGACGCACCGUCGAGCAAAAUCUGCUACAGCUGGGCUGUUCCAUCCUCAGCCUCUUCCCUUUUUGUUCGCCUCGAAGCCCCUACCACCUACCAAUGGGUCGCGCUCGGCACCGGAUCCCGCAUGAGCGGCUCGACGAUGCUCGUUAUAUACCAGGACGGCUCGGGGAAUGUCACCUUGAGUACACGAAAGGGACAUGGCCAUGAAAUGCCGAUAUAUGAGGACAUGAGCAGUAUCAAGCUUGUUGAGGGAAGCGGCGUGUCAAAUGGUACAUUAGUUGCUAACAUCUAUUGGAAAGAUGCAAGCAUUGAAGGGUCUAGUCACUGGAUUAGUGCCUGGAAGAAAGGCAGUCCUCUGGAUACAAGCGACGCAAGUACCAACUUUGAUGAGCAUGAUGGAACGGAUAGUUUUUCUGUUGAUCUUUCCAAUGCUAUCGUCAGUGGCACAUCCAACCCUUUCCUCAACUCAUCCACUACUCUUCCGAGCGAUAGCAACGCUGUCGCUGGUGGCGGUGGAGGCGAAGAUCAUACUGGUUCAGCGCAUGGUGUUAUCAUGGCAGUCGUUUUCCUCGUCGGGUUCCCAAUCGGCUCUGUUCUCAUGCCCCUGCUUGGGAAAUGGCUCGUUCACGCCUCGUGGCAGAUAAUCGCCUUUGUAGGAAUGUGGGUUGGCUUUGGGGUUGGGAAAGUCGCUGCAGAUCGUGGCGGAGAUUGGUUUCAUGAACCUCACGUUGUUCUUGGGACGAUAGUAUGCAUCUUGAUGAUCGUACAGCCGGUCUUGGGAUGGAUACACCACAGGAAUUACGUCAAGUACCAGCGAAGAACAACGAUCAGUUAUGGGCAUAUCUGGUAUGGUAGAGGUAUCAUGAUUGUCGGUAUCGUCAAUGGCGGUAUCGGGUUACAGUUAUCUGGUGCAUCUACGGGCUUGACUGUUGCGUAUAGUGUGGUCGGCAUUCUUGUUUCUGCCAUUUACGCUGCAGGUGCUGUUCAUAAGAUGGUCCAGAUGAAGAGGAAAGAACAUCAUCUGGUGUCGGACCCGUCGAAUAGCGCUCUUGAGUUGGUGCGGCCGUAGUCUGAAGUUGAUAAGUCAAGGACUGGGAAAUUAUGUUAUCUGUCGAGUAACCUAGCUCUUUUUCUUCAAUCCAGACCAUUUGCGUUGCA